AUGAAUUUGAAUCCGGGCAUUCAGAUCUCGAUCGAUCGUGGCGGCACGUUUACCGACAUCCACGCCUCAGUGCCGGGCCGCGACGAUAUCGUGCUCAAGGUGCUCUCGGUCGACCCGGCCAACUACAGCGAUGCGCCGACAGAGGGCGUGCGGCGGGUGUUGGAGCUGGUGACGGGACGGCCGCACCCACGCGGCCAGCCGCUGGACACGUCGCCAAUUGCGCGCAUCCGCAUGGGCACGACGGUGGGCACCAACGCGCUGCUGGAGCGCAAGGGCGCGCGCUCGGCCCUGCUGAUCACCAAGGGCUUCCGGGACCUGCUGCACAUUGGCAACCAGGCGCGGCCCGACAUCUUUGACCUGACCGUGGCCCGGCCUGAGCUGCUGUACCAGUCGGUGGUCGAGGUGGACGAGCGGCUUGUCCGCGUGCUCCGGACGCCCGACCUGGAGGCCGUGCGUGCAUCGCUCGAGCAGCUCUGGCUCCAGGGCUUCCGCUCGCUCUCCGUCGUGCUGCUGCACUCGUACCUCUACCCGCUGCACGAACAGCAACUCGGCGCGCUCGCCCGCGAGAUGGGCUUCUCCGUGGUCGAGUCAGCUGCCGUACAACCGAUGAUGAAGGUCGUGCCGCGCGGCAUGUCGGCCACCGUCGACGCUUACCUCACGCCCAUCGUGCGCGCCUACAUCGACUCCAUCUCGGCCAAUUUUCAGGGCGGUCUCGCGGCCGAGGGCCUGCGCUGCGAGUUCAUGCAGUCCGACGGCGGCCUCGUCGACUUUCGUCGCUUUGGCGGUCUUGCCAGCAUCCUCUCCGGCCCGGCCGGCGGCGUCGUCGGCUAUGCCCAGACAUCCUGGGAUGCUGAUGCCCGCAAGCCCAUCAUCGGCUUCGACAUGGGCGGUACAUCCACCGACUGCUCUCGCUUUGCCGGCACCUACGAGCACGUCUUUGAGACCACGACAGCCGGCAUUUCGAUCCAGUCGCCGCAGCUGGACAUAAUCACGGUCGCUGCUGGUGGUGGUUCCAUGCUCUUCUGGCGCAACGGCCUCUUUGCCGUAGGCCCUGAAUCUGCCGGGGCACACCCUGGUCCCGCAUGCUACCGCAAGGGUGGCCCGCUCACGAUCACCGACGCAAAUCUCUUUCUCGGCCGCAUCGCCCCCGAAUACUUUCCCAAGAUCUUCGGCCCCAACGAGGACCAGCCGCUGGGCACCGAGAUCGUGGCUGCCAAGUUUGCGGAGCUGACGGAGCAGAUCAAUGCCGACAACCGUGCUGCCGGCCGUGCAUCCUUCACGUCCGAGGAGGUGGCGCUCGGGUUUCUCCGCGUGGCUGCACAAGUCAUGGCACGGCCGAUUCGGGCUCUGACGGAAGCCCGCGGCUUCGACACUUCCGACCACAUGCUCUCGUGCUUUGGUGGUGCUGGCGGACAGCACGCCUGCGAUGUGGCCAAGGCCCUGUCCGUCACCGAGGUGGUCAUUCACAAGUACUCGUCGAUCCUGUCGGCCUAUGGGCUCUCGCUUGCCGAUCUCGUGCACGAGGAGCAGAAGCCGGCGGCGAUCUCGUUUGAGGCAGCCAACCUGGCUGUGAUUGGCAGCACGCUGGCCGAGCUGUCGGACGCGGCCAUGGCACACCUGGUCAGCCAGGGCAUCAAUGCGUCGCAGAUCCGUCUGGAGCGCUACCUCAACAUGCGCUACGAGGGCGUCACGGCGGCCACGAUGAUUCUACAGGACGGAGAACACCAGGACGGCAUCGAGUCGUUCCGAAAGCUGUUCGAAGAGCGCCAUCUGCGCGAGUUUGGCUUCGUCUUUCCCGAGAAGCGCAUCCUCGUCGACGACUACCGCGUGCGGGCAGUCGGCGUAGCCGCAAAGCACACAGAGAAGAGUCCGUUCCAGCAGGCAAAGGAGGCUCGUGCACGGCCGCCGGUGCAAGCAGCCAAGGCCGCAGCCACAGCUCUGGUCUGUUUCGAUGACGGCACAGCCGGACAGCGGGUUCCGACGAAUCUGUACCUGCUCGACCAGCUGCAGGCCGGCACGCACAUUGCCGGUCCAGCCCUGAUCCUAGACAAGACGCAGACCAUCUUGGUGGUGCCAGGAGCCACUGCGCUCAUCCUCGAUAGCACAGUUAUGAUCGACCUGGCUAGCUCCACCGCGGCAGCGACAGCGACACCAGGGGCAGCAGCAGACAAGAGCGUGAACCCGAUCCAACUCUCCAUCAUGGGGCACCGGUUCAUGUCGAUUGCAGAGCAGAUGGGCCGCACGCUGCAAAAGACAGCGGUAUCGACCAACAUCAAGGAGCGACUGGACUUCUCGUGUGCCAUCUUCUCGCCGGACGGUGGGCUGGUAUGCAAUGCGCCACACGUGCCAGUGCACCUCGGAAGCAUGCAAUUCUGCGUGCGGCAUCUACACACGGCGUGGGCCGGCCGUCUAGAGGACGGCGACGUGCUGGUGGCCAACCAUCCAACCAGCGGCGGGACGCAUCUGCCAGACAUCACGGUGGUGACACCUGUGUUUGACCAGGGCGAGAUUGUGUUCUACGUGGCCUCCCGCGGCCACCACGCAGACAUUGGCGGGACACGACCUGGGUCCAUGCCGCCGGACUCGCACUGGCUGUACGAGGAGGGUGCGGCGAUCUUUGGCGAGAAGCUGGUGAGCCGCGGACGAUUCAACGAGGCCCGCAUGGUGGAGCUGCUGCUGAAGGAGCCGGCGCAGCAACCGGGCAGCUCGGGCACGCGCAAGCUGAGCGACAACCUGUCAGACCUCAAGGCACAGGUAGCGGCCAACAAACAGGGCAUCCACCUGAUUCACGCGCUGAUCCAGGAGAACGGGCUGGCAGAUGUGCAUCGCUACAUGUAUGCGAUCCAGGACAAUGCCGAGGAGGCGGUGCGGGCGCUGCUCAAGAAGAUGCACGCAUCAGUGGCGGGCGAGCCGCUGCGCGCAGUCGACUACAUGGACGAUGGGACGCCGAUCGUGCUGACGGUGACGAUUGACGAAGCGACGGGCAGCGCGGUGUUUGACUUUACAGGCACGGGGCCGCAGGUGUACGGCAACACGAACGCGCCGAUCGCGAUCACGCACUCGGCCAUCAUCUACUGCGUGCGGGCGCUGUUGGCGUCAGAUGUGCCGCUCAACCAGGGCUGUCUCAACCCGAUCGACAUCCGGGUGCCGGCCAUGUCGAUUCUGGCGCCGUCGCCGUCGGCUUCGGUGGUGGGCGGCAACGUGCUGACGUCGCAGCGCAUCACGGACGUGAUCCUGGCGGCUUUUGGGGCCUGCGCCGACAGCCAGGGCUGCAUGAACAACCUGACCUUUGGCAUGGGUGGCCGACGGGUGGCGGCCGACGGCAGCGCGACAGUGGAAGCGGGCUUUGGCUACUACGAGACGAUCGGCGGCGGAGCCGGAGCCGGGCCGACGUGGGACGGCACCAGCGGUGUGCACACGCACAUGACCAACACACGCAUCACGGAUCCGGAGGUGCUGGAGAAGCGCUAUCCGGUGCUGCUUCACAGCUUCAGUCUGCGACCAGGCUCUGGUGGUGCCGGGCUGCAUCGUGGCGGCGACGGCAUGGUGCGCGACCUGGAGUUCCGUAUUCCCGGCAUCCAGGUAUCGAUCCUGUCGGAGCGGCGGACACGGGCGCCUCGUGGUCGAGCCGGCGGCAGCGACGGCGCAAUGGGCCGCAAUCUCUGGCUGCGCAAGAAGGACGGGCUGGCCAUCAGCCUUGGCGGCAAGGCGUCGGCGCUGUUCGAGGCGGGCGACCGGAUCGUGCUGCACACGCCCGGUGGCGGUGGCUGGGGCAAAGCCGAGGAGGAGGCAUGA